UUUGGACAAAUUUUCCUUCUGUUGAUCUCAGAUCUCCCGAGCAUCUUAAGUGGCUCACAGAUUGGAGUGAUCGAUCCGCACGAGGAGUACUUUGGCGGCGGGAAGGACCGACGAACUGGACACCGAUGGCGAUUGAAGGAAGACCGUGCAGUGAUGGACAGCAUACCGGACCAGUUCCUACCGUACAAAGGAAUCUUCGACUGUACAGAUGAUGCGUUCUCCAAGGGAACUUAUAAUGGAACGUUGUUCCGUUUUCCUCUGCGGACAGCACCGUCCAAGCUGUCACAGACGCUUUACUCCGUCGAAAAGGUGCGCACACUGUUUCAGAGUUUUACGGCUGAUGCCCACUUGGUCCUCCUUUUUCUCCAGUAUCUCGAAUCGAUAGAGCUCUACGUCCGAGACGUGGCGGACAAUGAAGCCAGAAGAACGUUUCAAGUCAGAAUCACAGAUGACAGCCUCCCGCUGGUUCGCAGAAAGAGGGAAGAAUUUCGCAACCAGAUCACGACCGGUCAGCUUAUGCCAGAGCCUGUCAAGGUGACAUAUCCAGUCACGAUCGAGACGGUUGCUUAUGACCAAGGUAUGAUAAGCGACACACAUCGGCACUCUUUUCUUGUUACAAAUUAUUUUUGUGGCGGAAGCGUCUCGUCAGAAUUUGAAACCCUGGCCAAGGAUAAAGAUCUCAGCUAUCUACCUUUAGUUGGUGUGGCCAUGCCGAUACCAGAACCCUCCGAAAACCAGACGCCUGAUAUUAAAGGGCACGUGUUUUGUUUCCUCCCACUGCCUGUGCAAAAGACGAGCAUGACAGGUUUACCAGUACACAUCAAUGGAUUCUUUGCUUUGAGCCAGAACAGACGUUAUAUUAAGACUCCGAAUGCUGAGCAAGAGGAUUUGGCUCAAAAGGAAGGGCGGCAGCUGACUGACAAAUCCCUGUUAUGGAACCAGUGUCUUCUGGAAGAGGCCAUCCCAAGAGCGUAUGCUACGAUGCUGAUGGAAGCUAUUAAAGAGAAGAGUUAUAAUAUCCAACCAGAUGCGAUUUACAAAGCGUGGCCAAAUAUGAACGUCAUUGAUCAAAAGUGGAAAAGAGUGCAGAAUCCUUUGUUGGAGUUGCUGUGUAAUGAAAGAGUCGUUUAUUCUCCUGCCCACGGAGGUAAAUGGUUGAACGUGGAAGACGCGACGUUUGACAAACUUCCAGAGAACGAUCCUAAAGAGUUGCUUGUGCGAGUUUUUCUUGUAGCGAAUCAGAACGUCGCCACUUUGCCGGAUCACGUUUUGAGAGCCUUGGGUUUGUACGCAAACUUAAGAACCGAGAUAACGCCCUCAAUAACGCGGAGAGUGUUCAGAGAAACGCCUUCUUGCUACAGAAGCCUCAGUCGGUUAGAGAAGAUUCAGCUUCUAAAAUUUGUGCUCAAAGAUGAGCAGUUUUCAGACCUCCUCGGAUUAGAGCUGUUGCCCGUUACCAAUGGACGCUUUAUUUCUUUUUCUAACACCGAUCAAGCUAUAUACAUCUGCUCGCCAGAGCAUCCACGUGAACUUCUUCCUGGCCUGCAGGAUCGAUUUCUGGAUCAAGACAUUGACGAUAGCCUCUUCCAAAGCUUGCAAGCAGUUUCCAAUCAAGGAUGCACUCAGUUACGCCACCUUUGUAAAAACGAUGUAGCCAACCUUCUCUCAAAAUCUCUGCCACCUGAGUGGUCAGCGGGGGACAAAGUAACGUGGAAUCCUGGAAUCGGAAACCAUCCCCGUAAAGAAUGGCUUAAUCUUGUGUGGGACUAUCUCGGAAAAAACUUUCCUACCAUUGACGAGCUUAAAAGGCUUCGAAACCUUCCGUUGCUCCCACUCGACAUGUCACAAGUGCCGGUCACCUUAACAAGACUUACGCAGCCAUCUAGGAUAGUUGUAAGAAGCCUUCACGGAGAUCAUCUUGAUGAGAACGUCACUGACGUUUUGAAAGUGCUUGGUCUGACUGUAAUGCAGGAGAACCCGGAAUGUUUACGCCUCCAUCCUGCGCUAGCGAAUGCCUUUGUCCAUCCACCAUCAGUUAAAGGUGUCUUACGAGCUCUGGCGGCAUCUCUCCCCGAGAUGGCGACUGGAAUGCAUAAAGUAACUGACCACGGCAAACGCUCCUUGAGAAGGUUCAUUGCCAAAGCCUCUUCGCUAGAACCGGAAGAGAAGCAUGUUCUCUAUAGCUUUCCUUUGUUUGAGACUCUAUUCAAGACUUUUGUGUCGAAGGAAAACGGUCUUCGUGCCGCCCCUGAAGAGUCGUUUCCGGUGGCUCCCCGGAGGGAUCUCAUUGACAUCAAAGAAGACGCUUCCAAGCGAUUGGUAGUGCUAAUGGACAUCGGAAUACUCGCAUCGCAUGAAUUUUUCAUCGAGGAGGUAUUUCCAGGUGUGGAAGAAGGCUUUUAUUCUGCUGAAGAGAUCGACAGACUUAUGGUCUUUGUGCUGGAGCACUAUCAAGUCUACGCUGGUGCCGACUGGAGAUUUAAAGAGAAGUUAAAAUCUUUGCCGUUUGUCUCAAUCAAAAGUAGACGAGUAAAGCCUAUGCAGAUAUUCGAUCCCAGGAAGGACUUGUUGAGGCGUAUUUUCGCCGAGGAAGACGUUUUUCCUACGGGAGAACGAUACAACGACCCUGCAGCCCUAGUGAUUUUGGAAACUCUAGGAAUGAAAGGCGAAGGUGAUAUCACUGGGCAAGACCUCUACCAAAGUGCCAAAGCGGUCAGCAACAUUUCAAGCCUUUCAACAGCGGAAAGAAAAUCAGAAGCGAUCAUGCAAUACAUAACACAGAAUCCUUCUAAGCUUCAAGAGAACACUUGUGGAACGUCAUUGGGAUUUCUGCUUCAAGACAUUUCAUGGGUAUCCAGGGUUAGAGGAAAACCCAGCGAUUAUCCGCGAAGACUUACGUUUUGGGGAGAAACGUACAGCGAAUCACAUUUCCAGAAGCCGUCAGAAGUGAAGAGCGAUCAACUGGCAAAUCUCAUCGGAUCUGUAAAACCAGUGGUUAAAACAGAGUCACCUUAUCAGGUAGCCAAUUUCUUUUCCUGGAAUACGAAGCCAACUGUAGUCGACGUCGUGCAGCAUCUCAGAAACGUGAUCAGUUCCUACAACACAGAUGAAAAGCCGCGUUAUAUCAUGAUAAUCAAGGAAAUAUAUCAGUGUCUAAGUCAUGCAGAUCAGGCUAACGUAAAGGUGGCAUUGAGUGGCCUUGAAAGUCUGGCCUGGGUUUGGAAUGGAGAUGGAUUUUCCUCUCCUGAUCUGAUGUUAUCCAAGAAACCGCCUAUUGAUCUGUCACCAUACGUCCGCUCCCUUCCUUCAGAAGUGGAACAUUUCUCUGCAUUUUUGUCUAGUUUUGGCUUGCAAGAACAGUGUGAUGACGCAUUCCUACUUCAGGUUCUGCAUUUGAUCAAACAGAAGUAUGACAAUGGCACACAAUUUUCCACAUCAGAAGUGAAGAAAGACCUCCAAUUAUCGGUGGAUAUUCUGAAUGAAGUUAAGCCAAACGUUGGUGAACAAUUGCCUUCUACGCUUCAAGAAAAGGUUCUAAUUCCAACACACGUGGAAAGAGAUACGUAUCUCAAGCUUGCACCAGUUGAAGAUUGCAUGUACUGUGAACAUGAGUGGUUGGAAAGAAGCAACCAUGAUGAAGGGAUGGAUUAUAUGUAUGUACAUCCAAACAUCCCGAAUAGCACAGCUGAACUUUUGCUUGUACCAACGCUCAUGAAUCGAAUGCUAGAGCCGGACGAACUGGAAAUAGGAGAAGAAUUUGGGCAAGAAGAAAAACUAACUCGCAGACUUGGCAGACUUUUGGAAGACUACACCGAUGGAUUCGCGGUACCAAAAGAACUUGUACAAAACGCAGAUGAUGCUGGUGCCACCGAAAUCAGAUUUCUUUAUGAUGAGAGAACAAACGAAGAUGCCAUGACCUGCCUGAUUGACGAAGGAAUGAGACACUGCCAGGGUCCUGCACUGUGGGUUUACAACGAUGCCGAGUUUCGAGACGAAGAUUUUACAAACAUUACAAAACUGAACGGUGCUACAAAAGAAUCCGACACCGAGAAAAUUGGAAAGUUUGGACUCGGCUUCAAUGCAGUGUACAACCUGACGGAUGUUCCAAUGUUCGUGAGUAGGAAUUAUUUUGUGAUUUUUGACCCCAACACUUUCUAUCUGGGGAAAGCAAUCAGGAACAAAAACAAACCUGGAAUGAAGAUAGACAUCAACAGGAACACAAGGAGGCUGAGAAAUCUUAGCAAUCAAUUUAAACCCUUCAACGGCAUAUUUGACUGUGACCUUCGUCUAGAAAAAGAGGACAACUCUUUUCAUGGAACACUUUUUCGCUUUCCUUUACGAACCAAAGAGCAAGCUAUACAAAGUGAAAUUAAGCAACUUCAUUACGACAACAAACAAGUGGAAGAACUCUUAAGGCUUUUCACUUAUGGCGCUAAAACCUUGCUGCUCUUUACACAGAAUGUCCGCAGGAUUCAAGUGUUUCGUUUGCCAAGGGAAUCAGCUAGUUCUGAACAACCCACACUGUUGUUUGAGGUCAGCAAAGCAUUGCAUCAAGACGGAAUCUUAAGAGAAUUGUCUGUCCCAGUCACUCUUUCCCCAGCUGUUAGGAGCCUUAGUAAUGAAGAACAGAACUUUCUAAAACAGUGCAACUUUCUGCGAGCAUCAUCUGAAGUUGCCAAGCAAACAGGAGAUUCCAUCAGCUCUAAUACUGAUUUGCUCAGCUCGGCACUUAUGGUUACCAUUAAGAGCACCGUUACAGAUAGCGGAAAAUCGUUCCUUGACAACAAUGGCCACUUGCAGGAUGAAUGUGAAGUUUGGCUUGUUGCGUCUUCUAUGGGCAAAGGGAACGCAAUGCAAUUUGCCAAAGGUGAUAAGAGUCUUCUUCCAUCAGCUGGAGUAGCUGCUCGGAUGAUGCCUGACGACUGUCAGAAGCUUCUGCCAGUACCGGUUGUCGAAAAAAUACCGACGAAAGAGCCGCAUCAUAAGGGAAACCUUUUCUGCUUCCUUCCGCUUCCAAUCCACAGUGGUUUCCCAGUGCACGUAAAUGGGGCAUUUGCAGUAGCCGCCAGUAGACGAAGCUUGAAGGAGAAAACAGCUGAUGACAAGAGCUGCAUUGGAGUAGAGUGGAACAAUCUUCUCAUGCAAGACUCCAUUUGUGCAGCAUAUCUAGAUCUCCUUGAGGACUUGAAGACGACACCUACGGACAAAUACAAGUUCCACUCACUAUGGCCAAAAUCUUGUCAAGUAGAACCAAACUGUCAGCCGCUUGCACGCUCAUUGUAUCAAAAUCUCGCUAGUGGAAGCUGUUCUCUCUUUUCAGAUGGAAACAGAUGGGUAGACAUUACGCAAGUUGUCUUUCUGGAACCAACCUUUCGCCAGGACUCACAAGUAGGAGAAGUUUCCUUUGAGGUCUUUCAGUUGCUGAAUGAGAGGAAUAAAGUCAUCGUUGAUCUACCAGCAGAUGUGUAUGAGUCUUUUCUAGAAUAUGAUCUCGCAGCGGCAAUACAGAAUAAAAGCUACGACAAGGCAAGGUUCUUCCGUGAGCUGUUCUUUCCGAACAUCGCCUUGGUACCAAGCCACCAGAGGGACAAGUUGGUCUUGUACGUUCUUGACUUGUGCGCUCAAGACGAGAAAAACGACGGAGGCUUCGACUAUCUCAUUAAAUCACAUGCCUGUAUUCCAGCUUCACCGGAUGGUCAAAUGCUGAAGUGUCCAUGCCAACUGAUUAAUCCGGAAAAAACUGCCGCCUCUCUGUUUAGCCCGGAGGACCAAAGGUUUCCAUUUGGCACAGAAGCAACCUUCUUAAGCAGUCUACGGCUUGCCAAACUUGAAAAGCUUGGGAUGUUGACGGAUGAUCUUCCAUGGCCCGAGGUUGCAGAAAGAGCAGAAAGUAUAAGCGUUUUAAACAGAACUAGUGAAGAAGCAGCUCAAAAGCGCAUAACGGCAUUGGUGUAUUACCUGCAAUGGAAGCUGGGGCAUAAAGAUGGAAAUUGUAUUUCCGAUGAUGUCAGUAACAGGUUCUUGCACGCAGAAUUUCUUCCAGUACUUAAGAAGCCAGAGAAGUUUCCUCUUGUCUGGAAAGGGGAUGAAGUACGAACUGGGAACGAGGGAAAAUUGCUGUCACCCAAGGAAUUAUUUUUAGAGCGCGAAAAGAACUUAAUCUGCUGCACCGAGCCAAUAGUAGAUCAACAUAUGCCAACAGUUGUUCAAACAUUUCUGCAUUUAAACGAAAAGAGGGCUACCCUCCACCAUGUCGUGUCCCAACUUGAUGUUGCCUCGUCAAUAGACGCUAACAGUCUUGAUAUACAGGGAAGCAAACAGUUAAGCAGGGUGUGCUUGGCGACGUACACAUACCUUCAAAGAGCUCUUGACAGUAAAGAAGUCGACGUUGAGCAAUUGAGAGAGAUUUUUCGUGGAAAGAAGUUCAUUCUCUGUGGCGAGGAAUUUGUUUAUGCAAAGCAAGUGGCGUUCAAGUUGCAUGUGGAUUGUUCUCCCUAUCUUUAUCAGCUGCCGUAUGAUUUAGCCAGAUCAUUUCAUGGUUUGAUGAAAACAGCUGGUGCGAAAGAUGCUUUUGAAGAAGAAGAUUUAAUCUUUUGUUUGAAUCUAAUAAAGCAGAAGUUUGGAGAUGCUGAACUCGAUGAGAAGAAUCUCCAAGUGGCAGUCAAUGUGGCCGUUCAAUUGGGCAACUGCAUGACAGACUCUAAGGACGACGGCAACAACAUUCAUGAAAAUGGGGAUUUGUUUUGUCUUCCUGAUUCCAAAGGAAUGAUGCAAUCCGUUGGCGAGCUUUGUAUGAGAGACUGCCCUUGGAUGCCUGACGAAAUUGGGGUUCAUUUUGUGAGUGAUCUGCUUCCGCCUGAAACGAACAAACGACUCGGUGUCAAAACACGCCGUGAAGAAGCACUAAGACCUUUUUCGUUUGGUAUUCCCUUUGGACAAAACGAAAAACUCACAAAUCGUUUAAAGCGCAUUCUGACAGCUUACCCAUGCGAGAAAGAAAUAUUGAAAGAACUUCUCCAGAAUGCUGAUGAUGCUCAAGCAACAGAGAUUUGCUUUAUUAAAGACCCUCGAAAGCACCGAGAUGAGAAAGUGUUUGGAGACUCAUGGAAACCACUGCAGGGUCCUGCAUUGUGUGUCUAUAACAACAAGCCUUUCACUGAAGCUGAUAUUGUGGGCAUACAGAACCUUGGCGAAGGAAGUAAAGGGGACGAUCCAAACAAGACCGGGCAGUAUGGUGUCGGGUUCAAUGCGGUGUAUCAUUUGACUGAUGUGCCGACAUUUGCCUCCAGUGGCAAAGAGAUUGGAGAUGUUUUGUGUGCGUUAGAUCCACACUACAAGUACGUGCCCGGGGCAACUGCUGCUUUUCCAGGAAUGAUGUACAAAGGAACAGCGAAGUUAAAACGCAUGUUUCCAGACGUUUUUUCUUGCUAUAUUGAAGAUAAGUUCCCGAUGCAAAAUUCAACAAUGUUCCGUUUCCCAUUGAGAACCCAAGAGAUGGCAAAUGAUUCCAAGUUAUCUACAUCUCCAGUAACGCUUGCAACAUUGGAUGGCAUGAUGGAAGCACUGAAAGGAGAGCUUUUUGAAGUUCUACUUUUUGUGAAUAACGUCAGGAAGAUCACGUUGUGUGAAAUCGACAAAGCAAGUAAUAAGGUUGUGAACUCUUAUUUCGUUGAAGCAGAAAUGUCAGAAGAGGAUGCAGCCAAGAGGCAACAGUUUAUCACCUACGUGAAACAGAUUACAAAGAAAGACCAAUUUUUCCUAGGGAACAUCGAGGUGAAAAAGUGUUCCUAUGUUCUGAGGUUACGAGACAGUCUAGGCAACGAAGAAAAAUGGCUCAUUGUCAGGCAAAUUGGAUUUGAUAACGAAGUGCCGUCAAGUGUUGUAGAAGCGUACAAAAAGGGCGAUCUGGGAAUGCUUCCUCAAGGUGGUGUCGCUUGCCUUUUGGAAAAGAACUCCAAGAAAGGGGUAGUAGGGACUACCCGGAAAAAAGCUUACUGCUUUCUUCCGCUUCCUGUAGAAACCUACCUCCCAGUUCAUGUCAAUGGCCACUUUGCACUGGACCACGAGGCCAGAAGAAAUCUGUGGAGAGAUGAAGUAAAUGGCUAUCGAAGUGACUGGAACAACGCUUUGCUGACAGAUGUGAUAGCCUCGUGUUAUUUAACACUUCUGGAUGAUGUGAGAAGUUACCUCCAAUUGCCAGUUACACACAACUUUGAGCAAGUCAACUUUGACUACAGUGACUGCAGUAAGGAAGAUUUGGUAAGAAAUAUUGAAGAGUACGAGAAGCUAUUCCCGUUAAUUUUCUCUGGCAGUCCGUACUGGGCAACCUUGGUAACGUCCGUAUAUCAAAGAAUGGACAACAAGAGAUUGAGACUGCUUCCCGUGUUGCGAAGUUUACCAUCCAGUGGAACCGCUCCUGCCGUUCAGCUAACGUGGCUUCCUCCAACAGGUAAGGGGAAAACCAAAGCAUUCUUCAACAAUCUUGAAAGGAGUGAUUGUUUUGCCAGACCACAAAGAGGUGCACGUUUCCGUUCUGAAAUCGACAUUCAAAAAGAGGUGACAAGAAGAAUUGAGCAGAGAACGCGUUUUGAAGAAAUGCUGCUGCAAACAGGCUUUAACCUAGUGACGUUCUCCUUUUCUGUUUAUGAAGCAUUGGAAAAUUCCGGUGUGGAUUCAUGCUGCGUUUCGCCUUCUUCUGUAAUGGAGUUCUUCAAGACCUUUAACAGUGAAGAACCCCUUUGCUCGAUUACUUCGAUCCCUAAUCAUGUUGGAGAGACGCCAUUUAAGAACGUUGACGGUGUAACUCUCGUGCUUAAAUACUGCAAGGAUGGCGAAAACUUCCUGGCGAGCCUGUGCGGCCUUCCUCUGCUUCUAACACAAGACAAUCGUUUACAGGAAUUCAGCAGUUGUCAUCCUAAGUUCCUCUCUCGUCAUUAUGGCAUCCUGCCACAUUGCGCCGAGAUGUUUGUCAAUAAUCAUUUACGAGUACGAAUCUUUGGCGAUGCAUCAAGUCGGAAGUCAUCUGUGUUCAAGCAUUUUGGUGUGCAGGAAUUUGCAAGUAACUUGAAUCGGACACUACCGACACACGAGUAUUUCUAUAAAGACGGCUACGUUAAAUGGUGUCCGAAACAGAAAUCAGCGCCAAAUGAACAAUGGGUGUGCAGUGUUUGGGCUUUCCUACAUGAAGCAGUGGAAGAUGUCUUAAAGGAAACAAAGCUAUGUGACGAGGAGAUAACCAGAAGAAUUCGUGCAAUACUCGAGCCGCUUUCAAACUGGAGUAUCCUUCCUUGCACCGAAACGAUCCGAAAACUACCACCAGAUUGUGAAAGUGCCUCUUCUGUGUCGGCAGAACACUUUCUGGUGCCCUUAAGAUUGGUAGAGUCUGUCCUUGAUUUCAGAGAUGCUACUAAUCCGUCACUUGUCGAAUCUUUGAGAAUGCUUAGUCUUCCUGAGGUGAACUAUGUUAUAUCAUUGGACUUACGCGAACUUGCACGCUAUCUUGUAGCAUCACUUAAGACACCAACAUCCAUUCUGAGAUCCUUAGAGCAGAAGAUGGUCAUAAACCCACAAGCGCUGAAAGGACAACUGAAGCCCAGUGAAUGCCGUACCAUUUUGCAGUAUUUCAGCGACAACGUUGAAAGUCUACAAGAACGUGACAAGAAUACACUACGAAAGCUUCCUUUCUAUCAAGCAGCACAUGGAGGGUUCGUCAGUCUAGAUAGUGAAAUGGUCUGCGUCCUACCUAAUGAUAUUCCGCGCGAAGAAAUGGACGAGUUAGGACGUCGACUGAAUGUGGUGUUCCUGGAAACAAGGCCAGCUCUGUCUCCCCUAUUCAAAUUUCUUAAAUUUCAAAGCCUCUCAUCAGUUGAAGUAUACUGUAAUUUCAUUUUACCAUACUUCAGCAUUUGUAGCAAAGGAGCGAGGCUGGCGCACUUGGAGCACAUUCGGGAUUCUAUUUUGCCUGUGAAAACAGUCGAUAGUCAGAGACUGCUGGAUUGCUUGAGAAACACUGCCAUCAUUACCUCAAAAGAUGAGACUUCCAAGAAAGCUUCGUCUUAUUAUGACCCCGACAAAGAUGUCUUCAGCAUAAUGGUUUCCGGGGAGAUGUUUCCACCAGAACCUUUCAACACACCAGAAUGGUUGCGAUUUUUGAGAAAAGUGGGGCUUAUUUGUGAAGUCUCCCUCAGUAAUUUCAAGACGUUUGCUGCCGAAGUUGCACGGGAGGGCACAACUCAGCGGACUGAAGAUACCGACAAAAAGUCCAAAGUCCUUGUGAAGCACCUUUUCCUUAGAGAAAAUGUUAUAGGGGAAGGGCUUCUUCAAGCUGUCUCUGAUAUCCGCUUCGUGGCCUCAAAUUCUGUGAAGGAAGAACUUACAGCACUCCAUCCACAGUUCGGUGAGGGAAGUGAUGACAACACUUCAUAUAUUGCAUUCAAGGGUUCUGUGGUAGCUGAAAACACUAAGAUAGUUUGGACGACAGCUGCUCUCCUUCCAGAUUGGGCACAUCCAGGGAAUUACCAGUACCUGAUGAACGUUCCAGAUUCGUUGAGUGAAAGUGCAUACUGCAGUACUAUCCUUGCCCAACUUCGGGUUCUGACAACACCAACUGUGGAACUUGUUGCUUUUCACUGCCAAAAUCUAUCCUGGUCGUUGGAAAAGGAAAACGACAGUGAUCUGACGUCUUAUCAGAUAUGUACACGGAUGUCAGUAAUGAGAAAUAUCUACAGGUUUCUUCAAGCCAAAGCCAUGUCAAGUGACAUUGCAAAAGGACUUCUUGCGCAUACACCUUUUGUUUUGGUCGAGCAAUGUGGGCGCGUGGUUUAUGCUAAACAAGUCGUAAUUGAAUUUUACUCCGACCGUGAGAUCAAGCCGUUUCUUUACAGAAUGCCUUCCGAGCUUAGUGAGUUCACAGAACUGUUUAAAUACCUGGGCUGUUCCUCUUCUGUCACACCUUCUCACUAUGCCAUGGUCCUAGACAUGUUACACGGACAAUGUAAGGGAAAAGAACUGGAUCCAAAUGAAGUUUCCAGUGCUUUAAAAGCGGUUAAGGGCCUCCUUGAAACGAUGCAAGACAAUCCCAACGCAGAGCAGGAUAUAUCUACCUUGUACCUGCCAGCUGUCUAUCCAUUCAAUGGCGACUUCGCUUUGAAUGACACUGUACUGCCUGUUGUUUUGAUGAAGGCUUCUGAGCUCAUCUUCGAUGACGCCCCGCAUUACCUUGAUCGUGUUCAUAACUUCAACCUGCCCUUUUUGGUGGACCUUAAGAUGGCCAAUGUUGGCUGCAAAUCCAAUGUAAAUUACAAGGACUUGGUCAUGCUUCUUCCCACAGUUGUACGGCCUCAGAUGAUGUCAUGCGUAAUCGAAGAAAAGUUCGUGGAAUCAGAAGAUGAUAGCGCGCGAUACGAUUUUGGCGCUGCUAGUUCCCUGAGAAACCAACUGCACUCUGAGCAAUUCUACCGUGGAAUUAUCAGGCUCAUUCGUCACGCCAAUCAAGAUGGUGGUCUCGAUGAAAGUGUGGUCGCAACUGUAAGGAGUAGUCUGCAAAGCAUUGAAUUCCUUGGGAUGAGUAAAAUUGUCACUCAUCUGGUUCACAGUGGAGAAGUGAUUCAAGGAAGUGAGCUCGAAGUAUCAUACUUCGUAGAGAAGGGUUCAGAAUCAGGUCGAAAUAUUUGCAAAGUGUACGUCAACGCCGUCCAAGACGCAGAAGAAACUAUCUCGACCAUUGCUGUAACAUCACAACUGAUUGCAGAAGCGUGUAGAGGACUGCUGCGGGAUAUGAUUCUGCUCAUACCCGAGAUGCUGCGUAUCGACACGGGCAAAAUAUUUUCCUUGCUGGAUAAAAUGAAGAUUCGGCAGGACAAUUCCUAUGAUGCAGACAAAAGAGAUGUCUUCCCACCACCAGGCAGUUUCAUUCCUAUUGCAAUGCAUAACCUUCUAAAUCCAGCCUUCGAAGAGUUUACUCCCGGCGAAUACGUCGGAUACGAGUUACAUGAUCCAAGUCUUGAACUGCAAGAAGGAGAUGGCACCUACAUCUACGCUGUGAUAAUCGAAGAAGUGCCAGGGGACGAUGUAAGCCCGUUUACGAAGCUUUACAAGAUCAACAUUGGAGAGGACAAGGAGCCACAAAUUGUCGAGGCUACUAAGUUGUACAAAUUUCACCGUGUUCAAGAGGUGACAUCACCUGAGGUAGCCUUGUCUGACCAGCAAGGAAGCUCAUCCUCCGCUUCGGAUAGACAGAAGAUUUUUGACGAAAUUUCAAGAGCGCUUGAAGAAGCUUGGAGGCUGCCGGAAGAGAGAAGAAAACAAAGCGUCAAGCGACUGUUUCUACAGUGGCAUCCCGACAAGAACCCAGGAAACGAGGUGUUCUGUACAGAAGUAUUUCAGCACAUAAAGAGUGAAAUCGAACGAUUGGAAAGAGGAGAAUCACGCAGAGGUGAAAGCUGGAGCUCUACCUAUGGUGCUUUCUAUGGUUUCUGGGGAAGGCGUGCAAGGCAGUAUAGCUCACAGCGCCAGGAGUACCGUGACAGCUUCUUUCGACACUAUGGGUCAUCUGGCUAUAGAACACGUUCCUGGUACGUGCCUCCAAGCUUCUGCACAACGAAUCCCCAACCACGAGAGGCACGACGCUGGUUCCGACAAGCUNAGUUGUCAUCCUAA